CCGUCCUUGACCCUCUCUCCAAUCAAAAACUCCAGUUGAUAAGCCAACACAAACACUGAAAAUUGGAACAGUUUAAUUGAAUAAUGGCUGUGUCUAACACAACUUUGCCUUCUCUCUACGAAUAUUACACUAGUGGUGGCAUUACAAGCGGCCUUUCAGCCAAUCAAUCGUACUUUACGUUAAACAAUCGAAAUGUGACACUUUACAGUGGUGCUAUGCAUUAUUUCCGGGUACCACGGCAGUACUGGAGAGAUCGUUUGCGUAAAAUGCGAGCUGCUGGCCUAAACACUGUUGAAACGUACAUUCCCUGGAAUUUGCACGAACCGUUUAACAAUUUCUACGACUUUGGAAACGGUGGUAGUGACAUGGAGGAGUUCCUGGACGUCCGCCAGUUCCUGACAAUUGCACAGGAAGAAGAUUUGUUUGCAAUCAUCCGGCCAGGACCUUACAUUUGUUCCGAAUGGGAAUUUGGAGGGUUCCCUAGUUGGUUGUUGCGUUACCACGAUAUUAAAUUACGUACUUCAGACCCAACUUAUAUGAAAUUCGUGACACGGUACUUUAACCUACUCCUUUCAUUACUUGCCAUUUUUCAAUUCACACGUGGAGGGCCGAUUAUAGCGUUUCAAGUCGAAAAUGAGUAUGGCAGUACCGAACAACCUGGCAAAUUCACACCUGACAAGGUUUACCUCAAACAGUUACGCCAAAUUAUGCUAAAUAACGGAAUAGUCGAGUUGUUGGUAACGUCAGAUAGCCCAACACUUCAUGGUACUGCUGGUACCUUACCUGAGUACUUCCUCCAAACGGCAAACUUCGCCUCUGAUCCCGAAACCGAAUUUGACAAACUUAAACAAUUGCAAAAGAAUCGACCAACCAUGGCUAUGGAAUUCUGGACUGGGUGGUUCGACCAUUGGUCCGAAAAACACCACACAAGGGAUAAUAGCGAUUUUUACGACGUUUUUGACCGAAUUUUGAAGUACCCAGCUUCGGUCAACAUGUACAUGUUUCAUGGUGGUACUAACUGGGGGUUUUACAACGGUGCCAACUUAAAUAACGACGCUAUGGACAACUCUGGGUACCAACCAGACACCACAAGUUACGAUUAUGACGCCCCAUUGUCCGAAAAUGGUGAUUAUACCGAAAAGUACCACAUUGUUAAACAAUUAAUUGGGAAGUACAGUCAAGUCAAGACACGGGUACCACAACCACCAGCUGGCACACCUAGUCAUAAGUACCCAACGGUACCAAUUAUUGGGCAAUUGCUAUUGGAUGAAUUGAUCAAAUUGGUACCAGUGACGUUCCAAAAUCGGGUACCACUACCAAUGGAGUUGCUCCCGUUAAAUAAUUACUCGGGUCAGAGUUACGGUUAUGUGGUUUAUCGUAAAGUGAAUGUGACAAUACCGGCAAAUGCCACUCUACGUAUCACAGGCCACGUGUGCGACACGGUCACAGUCCUAGUUGAUGGGUUCCUACUGAACAAACCAUUGAAAAAAUCGCGUGAUUUGGACCACUUUGGUUAUUGGCGUCUCAAAAACUCCACAAUUACGCUCAGUACCCAAAACUUGACCGGUGCCACUUUGGACCUGAUGGUGGAAAAUUGGGGCCGAAACAAUUUCGGACAUUUGGAACAGUUUAACCAGUUCAAGGGUUUAUGGCAAGGUGGUGUGUUUUUAAACGAUGAAGAAUUGCUCAAUUGGCAAAUUAUACCAUUGGAGUUUCGCAAGAAAUGGUCAAUGGGUUUGAAUGGUUGGCAUGGGACGUACCAACGAUGGGCACCUGGUCCGGCCCUUUACCGUGCGAUUUUAACCGUUGAAGUACCGCAAGACACGUUUAUUGACAUGGAAAAGUGGGUUAAGGGCAUUGUUAUAGUCAAUGGGUUUGUUUUAGGGCGGUUUGCAAGGAUCGGGCCGCAACAAACGUUGUACCUUCCUGGGCCCUUUUUAAAAAAAGGGAACAACACGAUUUUGGUGUUUGAUCAUUUUGCACGAGGUCAUGAAGUGAGUUUUUCACAAACGGCCAAGUAUAAAACAAGGGGCAAAUUUAAUUUUUGGUAAUCAAUAAACAAAAAAACCGUU